GCGAGGUUUGCCAUCGCGGCGGACUGUUGUAUUUUGAUGUUCUUUUUAAAAAAAAUUCUACUGUAAAUAUAAACGAGACUUUUGCGUGAGCUUGGGGAGAAGUAAUCGAAGAGUAUUUGGAAAGUAAGCCCACACCGAGGAGAAUUACUUUCCCACGUUCCUGCGCCGCUAAGGGAGGUAUAAUAACGUAAACAAAUACUUGGCUCAGAAACCGUGUGCUGUACAUAUGCGGAUACGCAUCUGAGCAUUUGACAUCGAUAGUUAACCUCCAAUACCGUCGGAUUAUUGGUCGCAUUUAUCGCCAUAAACAUGCCUCCGGUUAAGAAAAUUGAACUGGAUAAAAUGGCCUGGGCUUGGAUUGAGAAUACACCCGUCGAUGAGAUUCAGCCGAUACACAUAGAAACUGCGUACAGAAUCGGAUUGAAGAACUGCAAGACAUGCAAACGAAACUGCACGAACAAUCCACAGUGUUUGACUGGUAUAGGAGAGGAAAAAUACAUGAAAUCCCAACCAGCCGAGAUUGCUCCCUUGGAAAGUUCGCUCUCCGAACUUCGUGAUCCAACGCAGUAUGUCGGAUUGAAAAAUUUAGGGGCCACGUGCUAUGUCAAUAGUUUAAUUCAAGUAUGGUUUCACAACGAGGAUAUGAGAAGGGUGAUAUAUAAGUGGAAAAUAACCGAAGACCCCGAAGAGAGCGAGAAUUUACUAACAGCUAAAAAAAACGGACAGCCGUAUCACCCUGUUACGGCAGUUGGUCAACUCCAGUAUAUAUUCGCGAUGCUACAGUUUGGAAAUAAAAAGUCAUUGGAUCCAACGAACCUAGCGAUCGCCUUGUCUCUCGAUACGAGAACGCAGCAGGAUGCACAAGAAUUUUCAAAGCUUCUUCUCUGUCACAUAGAGCGGAAACUACAGCAAAAUACUGUACUCACUGAUACGUUACAGAGACUGAGCCAAGGCAAAUACAGUUACGUAAAUUGCUGUACAACAUGCAAAACAGAAUAUUCCACGCCAACUACAUUUUACGAACUCGAUUUGCAAUUGGCUGCGACUUUGAAAGAAGCACUGGAGACGUAUCUGAUGGAAGAACAAUUGACUGGUGCUAAUAAGUACCUCUGUGCUACAUGUAACGAUAAAAAAGAUGCCAGAAGAUUUAUCAGACUUGACGUACUUCCAGAAACCCUAAACAUUCAAUUGUUACGUUUCGUGUUUCAUCGAGAUUCCGGUCAGAAGCGGAAAUUAAGUUCGUACAUUCAGUUUCCCGAGGACUUGGACAUGUCCGAGUACUUGAAAAGUUCACCCCAAACACACGUCUACAAUUUAGUUGCUGUCUUGAGCCAUAAGGGUGCUUCGGCACAUUCUGGUCAUUACAUAGCAAAUAUAUGUAGUUCAAAUGGUGAAUGGUACCAGUUUAGUGACGACAAGGUCGAAAAGAUGCAUAACAAACGCAUCGAAGAUGGUCUCAACGAUGCUCCUAAAAAUGUGAAACGAUCUCGUGUGCCAAAAGGAUUCUUAUCGUCAAAUACGGCCUACAUGUUGGUGUAUAAAAGAGUGAAUGAUACGGCUAAAUUAAAUAUGCCAAAAAAAGGUAGACCGAAAAAGGUCGGUUCUGAAACGAGCAGUUUGCAUGAAACGGAGAAUUUCAACCACACUAAUCCACCGGAAAUUUCAAAUGAUGAGAUGAAGGCUGAUAGUGAUUCAGAAAUGCAGGAUUCUGAAGUUAUCAAAUUCGAAAGUAUAUCAACGGAACUUUCAGCAGAAAGUUUAACAGAGAAGUCUCAGGAACCUUAUUCGAAUAAGAAACAUGAACACUUAGACGAAACUGGUAACUGCGUCAAGGAUUGUCUAAUCGAUAUUUCGAAAAAAAGUGAUGACAACCAGUCGACAACGAAUAAUACGAAUUCCACCCAGAUUUCGAAGAAUUCGAACAUUGAUUACAAAACACUAAACGGUGCUGCUCAUAGAGCUAUGAGCUGUGGUCAAAGAGAUUUUUAUGAAGAGAUGGAAUUCGAGAGGUGGGAAGUAAGCGAUACUGUACGAGAGUUAGUCAAGCAAGAAAACGUUAAACAUGAAUUAAGCUUACUGGCGAUUCAACAGGAAAAGCAAAAGGACAUAGAAGAUCAAAACGAUAAGAGACAACUAGUUAUCGAUUUUUUCAACAUAAUUUUAAAGAACGAUGGAUCUGGUGAUUUCCAGUGGAUCCCUUCUGAUUGGUUGUCAAAAUGGCUUAACAGCUCGGCGUCAACGUCAAAUGGAAUUACGCCAAUAGAUAACUCUGUCUUGCUUUGUCCGCAUCAUCGCUUGGAUCCACUUCGCGUCAAUCGUGCAAAAUAUAUACCGGCAAUCGCGGCUGAUAUGUUGUACGCCAAAUAUCGUGGCGGUCCGCGUCUCGACGAUAAUUCGUUAUGCGAAGUUUGUGUCAAACACCGAUGUAAAAUGUUGCGAUUCAAAAUGGCCCUAGAAAAGGAUCAGAAAGAGGUCACAGAGCUAAUGCGCAACUUCAAAGAACAGACAGAAUCCAGCUAUAUCGUUGGUGCAGAUUCGUUGAGAUCGUGGCGUCGUUUAGCAAUGGAAAAAUUUACUGAGGUUAUGGAAAAUGAAAAGGAGACCUCGGAUAAUAACGAAAAUCAAGGAGAUCAUGCAGGCAGUCCCAAAGAAAAUGAAGACAGUGAAGCAAUAUUAAGUUUCAACGAAGAUUUGCUCUGUGAGCACAAUUCCUUGAAGACGCCAGAUGCCAGCAGAAAACUGGUACCCAUUGAAGUUUGGACAAUACUUCAGAAGUACUUUCCUAACGCUCAACAAUAUCCCAUCACUACGUCUCCUUGCACGACUUGCGUGGAACGAAUGGAAAAUGCCCAAAAAGCAAAGGAGGAUGACAAAAUAAAAGCGAAAAAUCAAAAAGAUGACUUGCCAGAUUUCUACUAUGCAAAAAACAGAAAUGAGAUUCUCAAGUGCGAAGAUCCCGAGAAGAUAUAUUAUGUCGUUGAAAAGGGAUUUGUUGACAGUUGGAGAUCCUUCAUUCGCUACGCGGAAAUCUACGCUCGAACGCCACCGCCGGGAAUUCAAAACUCGAUACUUCUCUGCGAACCGCACAAGGGACUCCUCUACCAUCCAAGCGGCGUUAACGAACAAUUCAGCAUCGUCAAUACCGAGGAGUGGGUCAAACUGACCCAGCAUUACGAGGUCGAUCACGCCAUCACCCUCAGGAGGAACAGCGAGCGCCAGAUAAUCUCGGUCCCCGAACCCUGUGCUGUCUGUAUGCUGGCGAGGGUGGAACAGGAACGGUUGGAGAGCUUGAAAUACGAAAGGGCGACGAUAUACGUCAAGUGCGUCGACGAUAGCGAGGAUGGGAAAACGGAAGACGAUACCGAGAUAUCCGCUAAGAGGCCAAAGAUCCAGUGCCAACGACCCUCGAGGACGCGGAGAAAAAUCAAAGGUUCGCACGAAUUGAAGGUUUCCUCGGAAGUAACGCUGAAGGAGUUGAAAAUCAUGAUGAUGCAGAUAUGCGGAGCUGGUCCGUACGAUCAACACCUGAUGUUGGGUGAACACGAGCUAACGGAACACGACCAGAGUCUCGCAUCCCUUGGAAUUUAUCCCGGCGCACUUUUGACUUUGAAGACGGACACGCCGAUCGACAGCGAGGCGGACGUGGAGGCCGCCGUGAUCAACCACCAGCAACCAUCCCCGGAAAAAGGCUUUAAGGGAACCGAGUUGAUUCCGAGUUGAUCUGGAUGGACGCACUUAAAUAGAAUUUUAAUAAUAAUGAUAACAUUCACUAUUGUCAAUCCACAUUAUAUAUUUUUAUACAUGAUCUAGAAUUUAUCUAUUACUAUAGUAAGUAAUAUGUCGUACCGUAAAAAUCGACUUAAUCUUACACUUUUCUUUUCUCUUCCGUUUUUUACUUUUCGCCCCCCUUUCUCGUUAUUUAUAAAACCUGCAUUACUACUCAUUAUAUAUAAUAUACAUUUACAUAUGUAUAUAUGUAUAUACGUACAGAUACACGGAUCAACACUAUACAUAUGCGUAUACAUACAUGCAUACAUAGUCUCAAGAUCAUCACUUUACACUAUCUCUGUAUAUUUUUUUUCUCGUUACGUCGCGCCUUCAACUUUGAUUUAUUUAUCAUCAAUCGAUCGAAUUUUUCCACCUUUGCUUCAGAGAUGCAGCGUAACACACCACACUUAUACGGUGUAUUUUUCUCUUAUUUUUGCAUCUCUGUCUCUCUCCCUCUCGCUUUUCCGUUUUACAUCGAUUACAGAUAGUCGAAAUUUGUAAAUAAAUAAGCUAAUCUAAAUAUAUAUAUAUAUAUAUAUAUAUAUAUAUAUAUAUGUAACGUACGCAUAUAUAAAUAGUUAUAGAGUAGAAUGCAGGGUGAAAACGC